CUUAGUGCAAUGUCCAUAUACUCGACCACCGCCGGCGCCAUGGUUCAGCCCGAACCCAUGACUUGUUGCAUUCAGAAUUUAAAAGGCAACUAAACCCGCCCUCCAACCGACAGCACAUCGUCUACUGAUACCUGUAAUCGUCCGAUAAUUUUGUAUGAUACUACAUAAUUAUUACCACAGACUUGGCACUCUUAUCAAUUCAGUUCCAAGGAUUUCCUCAUUAUAUCAAUCGAGGUUUAGGUUCUUGUUGUCACAAGGCAAAAGAUGAUCUCUGUCAAAGACAUAGUACCUGCAGCUCAAAACAACAUAAGCACACAAUUCAUACUUCUGGAGAAAGGCAAACAAACGACGACGACGACAACAGAAGGUCACAACAAGGCAUGCUUGGCGCUUGUGGCGGAUGAGACGGCUGCAGUUCACUUCCAGUUCUGGGGAGACGAGUGUGAUGCCUUUGAGCCGGGUGACAUAAUACGUUUGUCAAAUGGGAUUUUCUCUUACAGCAGAAACAAUCUUGUGUUGAGAGCGGGCAAGAGAGGGAAGGUAGAAAAGGUUGGAGAAUUCACUAUGACUUUUGUUGAGACACCAAACAUGAGUGAAAUCCGCUGGAUUCCUGACCCCAAUAAUUCCAAGAAAUACAUGCAGGAAGCUAUUGUUUCUGCUCAUUCUCGCAUCUUUCCGCCAAAAUAGUAAUUCUUUUUUUUUUGUUUGUUUGUAUUUUCUGUUAAUAAGAUCAAAAGUUAAACGUUUGGUUUGUAUAAUUUGGUUACUUUGUUUUCGGGUAGGAACAGAUUUAUGAUGCAGAUACCAUGAAGUUGUGUAGCAAAGACAAAUUGUGAAUCUUUUCAAUGACCACAAGGUGCAGAAAAU